AUGUCUUCCGUAACGACUUUUCGGAAAAUAGUCGACAAAGCACUCGAAGCAGACCAAGCCGAGCAAGAGAUCCGUCAAUCUCGAUCUGUUCCACCCGCCACCACUCAUAAAUGGAAGAGGCCCCACACCGGACCGAGCCAAAACAAGGGGAAACGUCCAAUGAUUCAAAACAGUGCUACACCACCAGCCCGACCGAUUUGCCCAAAGUGCCAGAAACCUCACUUUGGACCCUGCGUUCAAGGAACCAACAAUUGUUAUCGCUGCGGAAAACCAGCGCACUUGAUAAGGGAUUGCCCACAACCACCGCCACAAGACCGAGCUCCCGGUCGGGUGUUCGCUAUGACCAAAGAUCAAGCCGAAGCCGACCCUUCGAUGAUAGCAGGUACAAUUUACGUUUGUAACAAUCUCGUUUAUGCUCUAGUUGAUUCCGGAUCGACUCACUCAUUCGUCUCGAGUACCCUCGCCGCCAAGUUCCCGAUAACCCCCACCACAUCUAGUGAAUUAUUCACAAUUCGCUUACCAUCCGGCAAUGACUUAGAAUCCGACCUCUUUUUCAAAGAUUGCCCACUCCAAAUCCAAAAGAAACCACUCAAUUCCGACCUCAUAAUUCUCCCUAUAGACCAUUUCGAAGUAAUUCUCGUAAUGGAUUGGUUGUCCAAAUAUAAUGCCCAAAUCAAUUGUGCGACCAAAACCGUCUAUCUUUCCUUACCAAAUGGCCAAAUAGUAGAAUUUCAAGGGUCCUCUUCACCCUCACUACAAAUCCUCUCCGCCGUCAAAACACUUAAACUCGCUCGUAAAGGGCAUUGUUGUCAUUUGGUCGACAUAGUGGAAAUUUCCGACACAAAUAAACCCGACCCUUCAAAAGUACCCAUCGUUUGUGAUUUUCCCGAUGUCUUUCCCGAAGACCUCCCCGGUCUCCCACCCGAUCGUGAAAUCGAAUUCGAGAUCAACCUAGUUCCGGGCGCAACUCCCAUUUCCAAAGCACCCUACCGCAUGGCCCCGUUAGAACUUAAAGAACUCAAGGACCAAAUUCAAGAGCUUAUCGAUAAGAAGUUUAGGUAG